GCGCGUAUUUCCGACUAAAAUCGAGUUUGUGGCAAGCAUAAUAGUUUGUAAUUAAUCGACAUAAUUGUUACGUGCAAGGAAGAUUGAUCUAUUUUUCAUGUGUAUUGCAAGAAAGAGAAAAGAUUUGAAUAAUUUCUUUCUUUUAAUAUCAGUGCUGUAACAAGAGAGUCUAGAAUCUUCAAGCGCGAUUCACACAUUGACGAAGAUCAUAGUGGGGACAGCUGUAGAAAUACGCUGUGAUGCGAUAAUUUACUUCCAUAAGGAUAGCAAACGGUAGAGCGGCAACAUGGCUAGUGGCACAAAACUUGGCAAACUCAUCAACGAAGGAAAGACCAAAGAGGUUUACGAAGUUGUCGGUGAUCGUACACUAUGUGUUCUAGUAAGCAAGGAUCGCAUCACAGCUGGUGAUGGUGCAAAAUCACAUGAUUUAGAGGGAAAAGCCGAAAUUAGCACGUCUACAACUGCAAAGGUCUUUCAGUUGCUUAAUGAAGCUGGUAUUAAGACAGCUUUUGUUAAAAUUUGUAAUCCAAAAGCAUUUCUAGCAAAGAAAUGUGAAAUGGUUCCUAUUGAAUGGGUUACUAGAAGAGUGGCAACUGGUAGUUUUCUAAAAAGACAUCCAGGCGUCCCGGAAGGUUACAGAUUCAAUCCACCUCUUCAAGAAACGUUCUUCAAGGAUGAUGCAAAUCACGAUCCUCAGUGGUCUGAUGAGCAAAUAAUUUCCGCGAAUUUUCAGUUAGGUGGUGUAAAGAUAACGAGAGAUGAAGUGAAUAUCAUGAAGCGCACUACUCUUGCUGUUUUCGAAAUUCUUGAAAGAGCUUGGACCGUGCGGGACAGCGCUCUAAUAGAUAUGAAGAUAGAAUUCGGCGUGGAUUCAAAUGGCGAGAUCUUGGUUGCCGACAUUAUCGACAGCGACUCUUGGAGACUUUGGCCUUCUGGAGACAAAAAACUAAUGAAAGAUAAACAAGUGUACAGAGAUCUGUCCACUGUAACACAAGAGCACUUAGAAACUGUAAAACGUAAUUUUAAGUGGGUGGAAGAACAGCUAAAUUAUGUCAUUCAAGCAUCUAAUCCAUUGGUUGUUAUACUUAUGGGUUCGCCAUCCGACGAAGCGCAUUGCCAAGAGAUUGCAAAGCAUGCUCGGGCAUUAGGCUUGCGACCGCAACUCCGGGUCUGUAGUGCUCACAAGGGCACUGAAGAAACUUUAAAUAUUCUCGCCGAAUACGAAGGAAGCGGAGAAAAAGUGGUACUGAUAGCAGUAGCCGGUCGCAGCAAUGGUUUAGGUCCAGUACUCUCCGGCAAUUCCGUCUUGCCUGUCAUAAAUUGUCCACCUUUGAAAUCGGACAAUAUCGAACGAAACUUGUGGUCUUCGCUCGACGUACCGUCAGGUCUCGGAUGUACGACAGUCGUGCAUCCGGAAGGUGCUGCGCUCGCAGCGGCGCAAAUUCAUGCGAUACACAAUCACUUGGUUUGGGCUCGUUUGCGAGCGAAGCAGCUCACGAACUUUGUGAGUUUAAUAAAGGCAGACGUUAAAUUACGAAAUCAAUGAUCACGUUAGCUCUUUGCAUAUACACUCUACUCUUACUGAUUUUGGCUAUACUUUAUUGGCUUCAAGUAUGUAACAUUCAUUUGUUUUCACUUGAACAAACUUUCGAAUGAUGUAAAACCGUUUAUUAAAUUUAAAGAUAUCCCAUAUUUCAAAUAUAAAUCAAUAUUGUAUUGCGAUAAUGAGAAGAGGAAUUGUUUAAAAUCGCAAUAUUGACGUAUAUACACUGUACAAUUGCCUAUCACCCAUUUAGAUCUGUACUCUUUUUAUAUGUUUAAGAAAUACAACAUAUAUAUUCUAUA